AUGACCAACUACUCGCACUUCGAUCAUUCAUCCCUAGAGCAAGAGGAAUUAAACUAUACCACAACACCUGAAUCCUCGUCUUCUUCACCAUUCCCUUCCUUCAUGGACUUCUCUACCGACGACGAUUAUCAUCUGUUCAUGCCCGACGACUCCGGAAGAUCGGAUGCUGAACCUCAACGAAGCCAACAAGCAGCACGACAACGAUCUAAUAACGGCCAGUCGUUUCGCAGUAAUAGCAGCAGUAACAGUCAAACCCCGUCAGUGGUGACACCGCCCUUGUUCUCCUCUCCAUCAAUCGACAUGAUGCCGCGCAAUCGGAACGGCACCGGCAACGACAAUCGAAACGGCACUAACAACAACAACAACAACAACAACCGCAAUGGCAACAACCGACGACACCAACAAGUCCAUCCACCACCAGCGCGUCAGACGCACGAUCAAUCCCAACCAGACCGAGACCGAGGAGAUGUCCAGGUCCAGAUCAAGUCGGAGGAAGAGCGCGCCCUGCUGUCUCACCUAUCCACCACUCCCAGAGAGGAGAAAGUGAAGACCUACGUUGGGCCACGAAACCGGAUCUUCAUCGUGCCGCUGGACAGUCUGGACAAGUCACCCGUCCUAAAGGCGCUAGUGAGUCGGACUCGCCAUACAACUACUACUAGUGGUACUACAUCGUCGAACAACAACAGCAAAAGUUAUAACAGCAAAAGUUAUAGCAGCAACAACAAUAACAACAACGGUAACGGUAACGGUAUAACCUCCGGCUCAGGCUCGGAGUCGUUCAUCAUGCACCCGGAACUCACAAAGAUCAACGCGGACCAUUUCGUCGCCGUCCAGCAGUUCCUGAUCAUGGACGAAUACGUGCCUGCGAUCGUGAGUCAUCCCACAGGAGAAAACGUGUGGCCGAAACGAUUGGACGGGCUGGAUAGUGUCGACGAUUACCGCAGGGAAGCGCUCAAGGCAGCGAGCUUGUAUGUUCUGGCCAGACGCUUGGGCAUGGGGACAUUGGCGGCACUCGUCGUGAGGAAGUUGGUCGAGUGUGGGUACCAGGAGUAUCAGGAUGCCGGCGUCGGUGCUGGUGCUGGUGGCCCAGGAAGACACCCAGGCUCAGCAAGGGGCACCGGUGUCGGGGUCGGUGUACGUGUCGGGGUCGGCGUUAAAUGUCUUUUGGAGGUGGCUAGGGUGGUUUUUGCGAGGAGUCUCGAAAACGAAAACGAGGCGGCGCAGGGACUGGGUGGUUGGGUCAUGGGCGGCGAAGGAAAGGGAAAGGGUAAGGGUAAAGACAAGGCGACGGUCAAGGGCGACGAGGGCAGUCAAGGAGGCGAGAAGGACGUGCUUGAGGAGUGGCUGAUCGACCAAUUGAGCUCCAGGCUGCAGACGGUCAUGACGAGACAUGCGCAGUUGUUCUUUGAGAUCGCGCAGCAUGGCGCGUGUGUGAGCAGAGAAUUUGAGAAGAGGGUCCUGCAGAGGAAAGUGGAGAUGCUCGAGAGGUUGGGAGAUGUGGUUCUGGUUGAAGACGAUGAGUGA